AUGUCUAGCAAUGUACAUACUGUACUGAGCGAGGCCCAUAACGUCACGAACAAGGGCUUGGGCGACGUUAGAGGACCUGUGGAAGUGCCCGGUGGCUCUGCUGGCAAUGACCAGUCGGGACCUAGGAUUCGCAGCAAGUAUCGCCAUGUCGCGGCUCUACACUCCAAGGUGCAGCCGUCGUGUCUGAGCCAUGAGGCAUCGGAAACCCCGAGCUUCAUCGGGUUCCGCAACCUCAUGGUGCUGACCAUCAUCGUCAUGAACCUACGGUUGGUGGUCGAGAACGCUCAGAAGUACGGCCUGUUGAUUACGCUCAAGUUCAACAUACGCAGCCAGGACAUCAAUACCGCAUUGAUCCUGUAUGCCCUCACGCCAUGCCACCUCUUCGUCGCCUAUAUCAUCGAGCGGGUGGCGAUGGAGAAUGCCAAAGGGGCCGUGGGCAGGCGCAAAAAGGACGAUCCGGACGGCAGCAAACCCGAGACGGAAAAGGAGAAGAGUGAUUUCUACUAUACCUGGUGGUGGAUUGCCUUUGCUCAUACCUUGAAUGCGUCUCUGGCCCUGCUGAUCAGUAGCUAUGUGGUUUAUUACCAUGUCUACAAUCCCGGUUUGGGCAUGAUCAGCGAACUCCAUGCUAUCGUCGUCUGGUUGAAAACUUGCUCCUACGCAUUCACCAAUCGGGAUCUUCGACAUGCCAUGUUACACCCGGGUGGACCAGAGUCAGCUCUGCCUGAGAUCUACUCGAAAUGUCCCUACCCCCGGAACGUCACCUUGCGGAAUCUGUGUUACUUCUGGUGGGCGCCGACCCUUGUGUAUCAACCCUACUAUCCACGGACGGAUCGGAUAAGAUGGACCUUCUUCUUCAAACGGGUGGGAGAGGUGCUCGCCUUGUGCGUUUUCAUCUGGCUCAUCUGUGCUCAAUAUGCUAUUCCCGUCCUUCACAACUCUCUCGACGGCAUGGCCGUCCUCGACUUCUCCUCGAUUGCCGAACGGUUGAUGAAGUUGUCAACCAUCUCCUUGAUCGUCUGGCUGGCAGGGUUCUUUGCCCUUUUCCAGUCAUUCUUGAAUGCUCUGGCUGAAAUCAUGAUGUUUGGCGAUCGUGGCUUUUAUGAGGAUUGGUGGAACAGCACGAGUCUCAAAAUGUACUGGGCGACGUGGAACAAGCCGGUCUACCACUUCAUGCGCCGACAUAUUUACUCCCCACUCGUCGGUCGCGGGUGGCCUCCUCAAGUUGCCAGCGCGUUGGUCUUUGCGUUUUCGGGACUUUUACACGAACUGGCGGUCGGGGUACCGUGCCACAGCAUUCUCGGGGUUGCAUUCCUGGGGAUGGUGCUCCAGUUGCCUUUAAUUCAAUUUACAGAGUCAUUGACCAGGAAAGAUGGCACAGGGAAGGUGAUCGGGAACUGUAUCUUUUGGAUCAAUUUUGUGUUCGUUGGCCAGCCGUUGGCGGUCAUGAUCUACUUUUUCUCCUGGCAGGCUAAGUUUGGCAGUUUGGCUACGUAG